AACAAACCAAGUCUCUCCGGCGAUCUCAUAUAAAGUGGAAACGAAAGAAGCAAAUACGGGCAAACUGAUGCGACGACGAGGCACACCUCGAUAAGACGCGAGUGCCUGGAGGGAGCUGAUUGGUCAAAUCAAAGUCGAGGCCUGACGGGAACACGUACAGACCAAAGUAAAACAAAACAAAACAUGACUAAAUCCAAUCAAAACCAAGGCACAAACAAACAAGAUAAAAACAGUGACAAUGAAUACCUGAUGGAUGAAUGACUGAAUGAAUGAAUGAAUAAAUAAGCGAUGGAUGCAUGUUGAAGGUGGGCGGAUGAAAGGGUGAAUGAAUGGGUUAAUGAACACAUAAAAGUACAAAUAUAGUGAGCGGAUGAGUGCAUGAAUGAUGAACUCCUUCAGUAACACACUCACUCUCACUGAUGGCUGAACGAGGAUGGCUGGCACGAAGUGACGGGUGAAUGGAUGAAUGACUUGAAAAAUGGAACGAAUUGGUGUAUGGAUGCAUGAGCCAAUGAAUGCAUGAAUAAAGAAAACAGGUGGGUGAAAUAACUGCUUUAGGUGAUGAUGGAUGAUGAUGCAUAACAAUGGAUUAAUGUAUCGGUGAAUGAAUGAGUACGUACAUAAUUUAAUGAUUAUGAAUCCACAAAUAGGUGGAUGAAGAUUAAGAAAUUGGGGAAGGAAUGGGAUGCAUGGAUGGAUGAGUCAUCCAUAAAUGAUAUCGGGUUAUGAAUGAAAGAAUGAAUGAAUGAACAAUAGAUGAAUGAAUGAAUGGCAAAAUGCAUAAACAAUGAAGGAAGGAAAGACGGAUGUAUGUUGAAAGAUGGGUGGAUGAAUGGGUGAAUGAGUGGGUUAAUGAAUGGUUUAAAAAGACAAAUGCAGUGAGCUGAUGAAUGCGUGAAUGAUGAACUCCUUCAGUAACACAUUCACUCUCAUUGAUGGCUGGCCGGGAGUGACAGGUUGAAUGCUCCUUCAGAUGCAUGGAUGAAUAAGGUGAGUGAAUGAAUGGAUGAAUGACUUGAGAAAUGGAAUGAAUGGGUGAUUUGGUGUAUGGAUGCAUGUGGCAAUGAAUUCAUGAAUAAAGAAAACAGGUGGGUGAAAUAACUGCUUUGGUGAUGAAUGGAUGAUGGAUGAUGCAUGUGCAUGCAUAGGAUUCAUGUGUAGGUGAAUGAAUGAGUACAUACAUGAACGAAUGAUUAUGAAUCCAAAAAUGGGUGGAUGAAGAUUAGGAGGUUAUGAAUGAAUGAAUGGCAAAAUGCAUGAACAAUAUAGGAAUGAAUGAAUGAAUGAAUGUACAAAUCCACAAACAAUAUAUGAAUGAAUGAAUGAAUGGAUGGAUGGAUGAAUGACAAAAUGCAUAAAAUAUGAAUGAAUGAAUGAAUGAUGAAUGAAUGAAUGAAUGAACAAUAGAUGAAUGAAUGAAUGGCAAAAUGCAUAAAAAUAGAUGAAUGAAUGGCAAAAUGCAUAAACAAUAUAUGAAUGAAUGGGAAAUGCAUAAAUAAUAUAUGAAUGAAUGAAUGAAUGAAAGUUAGACAGAAUGCAUAAACAAUACAUGAAUGAAUGAAUGAAUGGCAAAAUGCAAAAACAAUAGAUGAAUGAACGAAUGAAUGAAUGGUAAAAUGCAUAAACAAUAGAUGAAUGAACGAAUUAAUGAAUGGUAAAAUGCAUAAACAAUAGAUGAAUGAAUGAACAAUAGAUGAAUGUUCGAAUAAAACAACAUGAAACACAAAAUACAGUCCAUGGAAAGAAGGCAUUUGCAAUCUUGACCUUUUGCUUAUUUUUUUUUCUCUCUCUCUCUACAAGGCGGCUAAAUGAGAGACGAUGCCUAACGCCCCCCCCACCCCCCCCCACACGUGGCAAUAAAAGUUAAAAUAAACUACCAACAGUACCCCCCGCCCCCUAAAAAAAAGUACAUUUACGCCCCAGCCAAGGAUCGAGUGGAGGAUGGAGUGAAAAAAUGAUGUCAGGUGCGGGGCGGGGGGGUAAUUGGAUCUGGCCACGGGGGGGCUGCGACGUGCAGUCGGAGCGCGUCACAGUUUGACGAGUCUUCUCGUGAGGAUGCUUCCCAUCCGCUUUGGCUCUUCGCCUGCACGUGGACGCCAGUAGCGCCUUUCUCCUUGCACACCCAGGCCACAGGGCGGCCGAUGGGGCCGCCGCAAGAUGGACGUCGCCAACGCGAGCGAAGCGCAGCUGCCGGCGGCAGACGAUCCCUCCUCCAAUUGCUGCUGGACUACGCCAGCGCCGCCUGGUGGUGAGGAGGACUACCCGGGCCUUGAGGAUAGCACCCAUCUGCCGGGCGUGCGCGCGGCGCUCAUCCUGGCGUACGGCACCAUCAUCACCCUGGGCGUGGGGGGCAACGCCAUGGUGAUCCACGCGGUGUUCCGCUUCCGCCGCCUGCGUACCGUCACCAACUUCUUCAUCGCCAAUCUGGCCCUGGCCGACCUCCUGGUGGCGUCCCUGUGCCUGCCCUUCACGCUGGCGUACACCCUGCGUGGCGAGUGGGCAUUCGGCCGGGCGCUGUGCUUCGCCGUGCCCUGCGCCCAGGGCGCCGCCGUGCACGUGUCCACCAUCACGCUCAACGUGAUCGCGGUGGACCGCCUCCGCAACGUGGCGCUUCGGCCGGACGGCGCGCCGCGUCUGUCCCGGCGGGCGUGCGGCGCCGUGGUGGCGAUCGCCUGGGCGGUCGGCGUACUCCUCGCCAGCCCGCUGGCCGUCUUCCGGGAGUACGCCGUCUUCCAGCUGGCGCCCGGGAAAUCCAUCCAGGUGUGCGCCGAGAAGUGGCCCGAAACGGGUGGCAGCGCCCCCUACAGCCUGGCCAUGAUGCUGCUGCAGUACGGCCUGCCUUUGGCCGUCAACGUUGUGGCCUACGCGCGCAUCUGGAGCAAGAUGAACGCCGGCCGGCUGUCGCGGGCCCACCGGCGCCGCCGUAAGACCACCAAGAUGCUGGUGACGGUGGUGGCCGUCUUCGCCGUCAGCUGGCUGCCGCUGCACGCCUUCCAGCUGGCCGUGGACGUGGACGGCCGCGUGGGCCGCGCGCAGGACUUCAAGCUGCUGUUCAGCGCCUUCCACGCGGUGGCCAUGUGCUCCACCUUCGUCAACCCCAUCCUGUACGGCUGGAUGAACAACAACUACAGGAGCGCCUUCCUGGACGCCUGCAGCUGCUACCGGACCUUUGACCGACACAAAAAGCCAAACAAAAUGGCCUCUGCCCCGCCUUGCAAGUCCAACAAGGGUUAAGUGUCUAGUGGGCUACCUCAUAACUGUCAGAAACACCUCUCCGAGCUCAUCGGUGCAGCACUAUUCCUCGUUCUCAGCAGAGGAUAAAGACGAUAUGAUUUUUGAGAACUGUUGCUCCAUUUUGUCCCCGAACAUUUGUGUUCCAUCUGUUGCUUGAAGGCUCAAGUUUCAGUCUCAAAUCAUUUCCCCCCAUUGAAACCAAUGGAAGUGCCGUUUAUCCGUUCCAAAAACUUUGGGUUGAAAAAUCGCUGUCCCCAAUAUUCUUACUUCUUAAAAUACACAGAAGAAUGAAAUCAUUUCAAAACAGCAUUUGAAUAUCUCUUCGGUUAUAGUUCUCGGAUUUGUGUGAUUCUUGUUUUCAUUUUCAUUUUU